GAGUCCUUUUAAGUGGUGAUAGAGGAGAAAGGACAGAGUUAAAGGAGAGUUAGUUAAAAAACAAAAUAAGAAACAGCAAGGAAGAGGACAUUUGGAUAGGCUGUUGGCAAGAGACCAAGGACAAAGAAAGCAAAAGGAAAGGUGGAGAAUUCAAGGAGGAACCUUCUUAACAUUUACUUGGAGCUCACCAGCCGGCAAAGCAACAGCUACCCUUGAACUCAUUGGAGAGGUCAGAACGUCAACAUGGAAAACAGUGUUGAUGUCAAUGUAGAAACCGUGGAGGAAGGAAGGCCAAUAAAACAGAAUCCAUUCAGCAAAGCUGGGAAGAGAGUCUGCAGAGCUGUUGGGUACAUCACUGGAGACAUGGAGGAAUUUGGAGUCUGGCUAAAAGAUAAACCUGUCAUGAUCCAAUUUCUUGACUGGGUACUGCGUGGUAUAUCCCAGGUGAUGUUUGUCAACAAUCCCCUCAGUGGGAUUAUCAUAGUUGCUGGUAUCCUGGUGCAGAACCCGUGGUGGACACUCACAGGCUGCUUAGGAACAGUUGUCUCAACUUUAACAGCACUCGUUCUGGGUCAGGACAGGUCAGCUGUUGAAGCAGGCCUGUAUGGCUACAACGGGGUCUUGGUGGGGUUGCUCAUGGCUGUUUUCUCUGCUAAGGGAGACUACCACUGGUGGCUGCUGCUGCCAGUAGCACUGGUGUCCAUGAUGUGCCCUGUUUUUACCAGUGCUUUGGGAUCAGUCUUCUGUAACUGGAAUCUGCCCGUUUUCACCUUGCCUUUCAACUUGGCCUUGACCCUGUACCUAGCUGCAUCAGGACCCUAUAAUAUCUUCUUCCCUACAACUGCCAUUCAGCCUGCAACAGCAACACUAAACAUCACCUGGAGAGAUGCUGAAAUCCCAAUGCUCCUGCAAUCCAUUCCAGUCGGGAUAGGUCAGGUUUAUGGCUGCGAUAACCCCUGGACUGGGGGAAUUUUCCUAAUUGCUUUAUUUAUCUCUUCUCCACUCAUUUGUCUACAAGCAGCAAUUGGAUCAGCAGUAGGGAUGCUGGCAGCACUGAGCUUAGCAACACCUUUCAGCAAAAUCUACUCUGGCUUGUGGGGCUACAACAGCUCCCUCUCGUGCAUUGCGAUCGGAGGCAUGUUCUACGCUUUCACCUGGCAGACACAUUUGCUGGCGAUUGCCUGUGCGCUCUUCAGUGCCUAUCUGGGAGCAGCAGUGACUAAUUUGUUGUCCGUGUUUGGGUUGCCAGCUGGAACCUGGUCAUUUUGUUUGUCUACACUGACCUUCCUGUUAAUGACCACAAAAAACUCUGCCAUCUACAAGCUACCGCUCUCCAAAGUCACCUAUCCAGAAGCCAACCGAGAUUAUUAUCUGAAGGUGAAGAAACAUCAGAGGUCUUGUCAUGAGGUAUAAAAACCCAAGAGGAGAGAUACUUUGCAGAUUUUAAAUCAGGAGUUCGAAGUUCUUCCUGAAAAAAAAAAACUUUUUUUUUGUGCUACAGAGUCAAAAGACAAAGAAAACAAAUCACCACUGCUUGGGGAGACGUUUUCCACCACAUUCAUUUGUUCUAUCUUCAUUAGAUAGUACUAUGCUAUGCUGGAAAGACCUCUCCCAAGACCAAUCUGUAAUGAUUUAAAAGCACAUAUGCCCAAAACCACACUUAAAUUUUAAGCAGCGGGGAAAUUAUUUAGAAAUUAAAAAAAACUAAAAUCUCUUUGUGAAAGCCAAGUCACAGCAAUUGGACAUAAAGCAAUAAUGAGCAGAGCACCUCUCAGCAUCUGAUUGGACUCCUAACUAAUAGCUAGAACCAACUUAGAACAGCAAUAGGAUACGUCUCAGAAAGCUUCAUAGUAGCCGAGAACUGGAAUAAAGACUACUCUUUGCUAAGCAGAAAAUAGGUGGUGAAGAAUUCUGCCUGGAGGCGACACGCAGUAGUGAUCAUCACACACUAUGUGGACACGGAUAAAUUGCAGGCAGCUUUGUUAACACUUGCAAGACUUAUGGAAAAAAUCACACUAAUGGCAGAGAGGGGGCUUCUAUAAACCCCAGAUUUUGGAUGUUUUAGUUUGCACUAGGCUCUAACAUUUCAUGAAAAAAAAUAUUUCAGGCCUAUCCAGUUGCAGAGAAAAGUCUGUAAACCCAAGGCCAAGAAAGCAUAUGUCAGUGAAAAAAAAAAAAAAAAAAAGUCUUUUUCUAGCAAAACAAAGAAUUUUCAUGAUUUUGUGUUAUUCUCAUGAUUUUUCCUAAUUCUUUAAUUUGGUCAUGGAUGAGCAAAGGAACGGAGAGUAGCAAAGUCAUUGCUCUUCCCUUCCUGUGCAAAAAAAUGGUUCUGCGCACACAAAGAACUAAUUUGAGCUGAUCUUUCUGGCUUUUCUUCCUAUACCAUCACCCUCGUAGUCAAUCUGUAAAAUGCUACACUCUCCCAGCCUGCUGCUGAAGUUGCUGCUUUGCCACUUCUCUCCACCCCACUAUGGGAAAGGUAUGGUUGUGGGACUGAGGGGUAUCUCAGAGCUCUGCAGCAGACCAGCCUUGUGCUGUCUCUGCUUGGGCUUCUGGGGUCUGCAGCUAGGGAAGGAGGAAACCGACCUUGCACCCAGCAGGCUGAUCACCACAGUGAGUGAUAACUCAGCCACCUCUCUACCUGGGUCAUCGAGAUACUUCAUCUCAUGAUGAAGCUGACAUCUUCACCAAAAAUACUCCUUAUGCUCAGGUGCUCCACUUGGCAUUAGCCAAUGUGCAGUAAUGUCAUAGAAUCACAGAACGGUUUGGGCUGGAAUGGACCUUUAAAGGUCUCGUCUAGUCCAAUCUCCCUGCAGUGAGAACAAAGUUUCAACUACAUCAGGUUGCUGAUCCUGGGAAAAAUCAAAACCUGUUCUUCUUAUGGCAGAGGAAAUAUAACUUAGAUUGUGGAUAGUGCUACUGGUGAUUUUUGAGACUGGGGGGAAAAAAAACAUCUUUUUAUGAACACUAAAUAUAUCUGAGUGAAAAACAUAUUUUGAGGUGAACCCCGGCAGUAUUUUCUGGUGAAGUGUUAGGUUUUUCAGAUGUUUGACAGUAUUUCUGUAUGACUGAAACUCCAGAGAACACUUGUAAAAAUGCACCAUUUACUGUGUUUUAGUUGGUAAAUACCUACAUAAUAUUGUAUGGAUUUGAUUUUUCAAAUAAAUGCUCAUACUACUUUGAGAUUGGUAUGUGUUUUCCUCUAUUAUCACUAAGCUCUUUGAAAGAUAGGUUAUCUCUUAAAUAAGUAGUGUAGGAGAUAUUGGAAUAUAAAAUUAUGAAAUCAGUGUAUGAGGGAUAUUUAGGAAACUUCUAACUUCUGUUCUUUGUGCAUAUGUAGGUUUGUAUUCUUAAACAUAGAAGUGCAAAGUCUGCCUCCGUACAGGAGGUACAAUCAAUCAAAGGCACAAUGUGGUGCCUGCAGACCUUCAGUUGGGGCUGGAAACCUCCUCAAGACCAGAUGAGGACUCCUUCCUAGGGGAGAUGCUGGACAGACCCCCACAGUGAUGUUAGUGAAGGUCAAGGUCUGUCCAGUGGAUGCACUUCUUCAUUUGUCAAACUGUGAUGAAUAUCUUUCAGUGUUUGAACUGACGUCUCCACACCCAGGACCAUGUGUGUCUCAGAGAUGCAAACCUCUAGGCUAGCUUUGACUUCUAUCUCAAAAUCUGCUUUUAAGCAAGCAUACAUGCUUUAUGACCAGUGUAAAUCAGCAGAUUUUCUCCAACUGGUGCUAUUUCAGCUUGCUGUUGCUGAGCAACAGGGAUGUCUUAGCAGUACUGUAAAGAAACCAUAUGCACAGAAGAGAAAAAUGACAAAAGACAAAGGCUAUGUCUCAGCCAUUAGAAAGACUAUGUAAAUCAUUCAAAAUUACUUCCUUAUUUUACACCAUCCAGAUAAUUCAUUCU